AUGUCAUAUACUGAGAAAGAUUAUCAACGACUAGAAAAUGAAGUGUCAUAUAAUGAUGUUUCCACUGAGACUUUACAACCAACGCUGGACUCAUCGGUGAUUGUGGAUGACUCACCUCAAUCGAUUCCAUCCAAUAAAAUAUGUUUUUGUUCAACGUUGGUCUUUACAAUCAAUUUUGUGUCAUCGAUUCUUAUUAUUAAUUUAUCAAAAUGGAUUUAUGUCAAACAUCAUUUUCCAAAUUUGACGUUAACAACGAUCAAUUUUUUUACCUCAUUCGUCCUUCUCUAUCUUUGUUUACUAGCCAAACUAUUCACUUACAAACGAUUGCCAAUCAUCCGUAUGUUGCCUGUUUCAGUAUGUUUCGCUGGAUUCAUUGCUUUCGGAAAUCUUUCAUUACAAUACAACACUGUUGGAACAUAUCAACUCAUUAAAUUACAAGUAACGCCAACUGUCAUGCUGAUCAGUUGGUUAUAUUUUAAAUCUCGCUAUUCUUUACCAAUUGUACUUUCUUUUAUACCCGUUUUGAUCGGAACAUUGGUCAGUACUUACUAUGACUUGCAAUUUAAUAUAUUCGGUCUCAUAUGUGCCGGUGCAUCAGUAGUCUUUACUGCUAUCAAUCAAAUUCUUGUUGAACAUUAUCAAAAAGAAUACGAUUGUAAUUCUUUACAAUUAUUAUUCUAUCAAGCACCACUUUCGGGUGUUUUAUUAUUGACUGUUAUUCCAUAUUUUGAACCGCUAGAUAAUCUUCCAAGAAUAAUGAAUUCGAACACGAUAUUACUUGUGCUACUCUGUGGUUUCAUAGCAUUUUUUGUGAAUAUUAGUGUGUUUUGGGUGAUUGGCAAUCUAUCUGCUGUUGCGUAUAAUAUGAUUGGUCAUUCGAAAACUUUAUUGAUCAUAUUCAUCGGUUCUAUUCUGUUUCAUGAGCCAUUCAAUCAACGACAAAUGGCCGGGUUAGGGUUUACUAUGUGUGGUGUUUUGAUGUAUUCGUAUUUCAAAUAUGGUCGAGCAGUAUCAUCGCCAUCUCAAUAG